AUGGAAAGAAUGGUUAACAGGAGGCUCACCUGGUUCCUUGAGAUUAACAAUAUUCUUAAUGGUAAACAAGCUGGUUUUAGGCAGCAAAGAUCAACUAACAAACAAGUAGCCACUUUCUUCCAACACAUCAAAGACACCCUUGGUGCAAGAAAUAUCUUUACGCCUGUAUUCGUCGAUUUCAAGGCAGCAUAUGACUUAGUAUGGAAAGAGAAGUUAAUUCUAAAAUUGGCAAAGACUGGUAUUAAGCAUAACUUGCUAAAUUGGAUAAAAGCAUUCAUUGAACAAAGAUCGUGUAAAUUCAGAUAUGGAAAUGCUCUACCAAAAUCCAAUCUUUUGCAAACAGGCCUUCCACAGGGAGCUGUCACAAGCUGCACUCUUUUCAAUGUCUUCAUCAAUGACAUAGCNGGAAAUGGAGGAGACCCACCUGAUUCGGUGACCAGCCCUAAAGACGAGUACGGAAAGCCAAAGAUACUGGGAAGCANAGCCAAGCAAACGUUGUUGCAGGCGUCCAUUCUGAACUCUUCUAUUUCUUCGCAGCAGCGGGACAUAAUAGAUCCGCUUUUGAAGGAGAAAUAG